UUACAAGCUCGCUUUCCAAACAUUUCUUACUAUUUAUGCCCGCUUCUCUCUUUCUCGCUCGUCACUACUCAGUACUCACUACCCAGCACCGCUCCUCCAGAAUCCUCUCUCUGUCGCCUCGCCCCCAUCAACCAAUUCUCUCUCUCCCCCGGUGCUUUCACCGCCGCCUUGAGGACUUACAAUCAUGAUGACAGAUACCUAUAAAGGACUUGAAGAUGGAAGGGACAAACUUGAUAGACUUACAGAUCUUCCUAUUAAUGUCAUAAAUCAGAUUCAGGAGUACAUGACUGUUGAGGAUGCCACAAGAAUGAGUGUCUUGUCCAGUAAGUGGAGACAUGUUUGGGCUUCAAACCCGAAGCUCAUAAUUUCUGUGAACUUCUGCAUAAAGAGAAAGCAGUUAGGCACAAUAGAUAUCAUAAAUAGAGUUCUAUUGCAGCAUUAUGGACCAAUUAAGACAUUUCUCCUUGAUAUUUCAAUGAUACAUCCUUCUGAGCACUCAGUUAUUGAUCUAUGGAUGCUAUAUUUGUCAAAAAAUGGUCUUGUGGAGCUCACCCUUCGGUGUUUAGAAUAUCUCAAUACUCCUUAUAAGUUGCCUUCCUCUGUGUACGGUGUAGAACUAGAACAUUUGAAUCUCUCAAACUGCAUUUUCAGGCCGCCUUGCAGUUUUAGAGGUUUCCACAAGCUGAAAAGCCUUUCACUAAGUCGAGUCACCUUUCAGUUAGAUGUUGCAACUUCUUUCCUCUGUGUUCCAAACCUUAAGAAUCUGAUGUUUGAGAAAUGUAUUGGGCUUACUCACUUAAAUAUAUAUGCCCCAGAACUUUUAAGUUUAAAAGUUGUACGCUGUGACAUUGAAACGAUUAAACUGGGUCCUUUUAUGGACUGUCGGAAGCUGCAGUGUUUUGCAGUUAUAUCACGAGACGAAGUUCCACAGAAUGGACAACAUGAAGCAAUUAACUUGAUAAAACUUCUCAGCAGCUGGCCUGAACUUAGAAAACUUCUUCUGGACAGAUACUUCAUCAAGUUUUUGUCCUCUGGUAAUGUAGCAGGGUUGCUCUCAACAAGGCUCAAUGACUUGCACGACCUCGCCUUUUGUGAUUACGAUUUUAAUGACAAAGAUCAAGUUUGCUCAUUGCUAUGCAUUCUUAGAAGUUCUCCUAAUUUGAAGUCGCUUGUACUUGUGUUGAGUCACAUAAAGAAAGGCUCUGGGGAAGUGGAUGUAAAUCAUUUUGAAGGACAAGGCUGUAGGAUUGGUGAAUUCAAUAACCUUCAAGCUCUGAGAAUAUGUUACUUCCAUGGUUCAAGAGUGGAAGUGCUGUUUGUAAGGUUAUUGCUGGCGUCUGCACCUUUUCUGCAGGAGAUAAUCAUUGAAGUAGAUAAAAAGGUUAGUAAAAGCGAGGCCACUAAGAUUGCUGAGGAGUUGAUGCAGUUUCCUCACACAAGUAAUGUACCACAGGUAAGUGAUAAAUGAUUGAGAUGACUUGAUCCUCCUUCUCACUGCUGUAAUGGUUACUGCGGAUGUUCUUAUUGGCCACAAUUUAAAGUUUCAUGUUUGUCAUAUCUGAAUGAUAUAUAUAGCAGCACCUAACUUUUUUUGUUGGUG